AUACAUUCAACGGUCGCAGCAGGUAGAAAACAUUCAAAAGCACUUGUAAGAUAAAACACAUUCAUGUCAAUUAAAAAAAAACAGUGCAAACAACACUGACAGUGCAAAGAGAUUGUGGAUAUACACACAAUUCCAUUAGAAGGCUGAGGUAGAUAUUCGAUUAGUCGCAUAGUAUUUGAGGUAGUGUGCUCCAAUGAAAUUAUGUAAUAGUCCACAAUUUUAUGAUAGACAGAACGCAUUUCUUAAAAAAAACAAAAAAAAAACAUUAAUAACCCUGAAUUUGUAAUUGAUACAGCUUUGUUUUUGUUUACAGUAAACAAUGUUUCCACAGAUGUUUAUCAGUACUGAUGGUAUUUAUUCAGAGGAGCCCCGUUCUGAAAGGCGUACUGACCGGCCGGUGGAUGAUACGAGCUCUGACUGGCCGGCGCCAAAGCGUCGAAGACGCUCUUAUUGGGAGGUACGGAUUGCAGCAUGUUGUCGAGGUCCAUGAGGAGAGGAGGCCCCUGAACCGCAACCUGCCUGCUGGGGAAGAUGGGCCAAUAGCCGUGGCCUAUAAAGUGACCGGACGUGACAGGGGACCUGCCGUACCCGUAAAGGGGGAGUCCGCCGUCUCAUGACCUGCUUCCUCAGCGCUCAGAUAACCACCGAAGUGUUCCUGCACCUGCGUUACGAAGGCACCGACUGUGCUCUCAUGGUCACUGCGGCCGGCUUCCCCAGCAACGCCCACUCCUGUCGAGCCGGAGACUUUCGCAGCGCCUUCACCAAACGUUACCUGAAGGAGUUUGGAUUCACCAUCCCGGACCGACCCAUCAUGGUGGACGACAUCAGAGUGAGGGGUUGUGGGAAAUCUGGCAUCAAAUCAGUGUACAGAAAGAAAACGGGCCAAAGGCAGGCCAGACCUGCCACGAUGACCAAGUGUUACUUUGAGGACGGUUACAUGGACACCGGUGUGUAUCUGUGGGAGGAGCUGCCGUGUGGUUACAACAUCCAAGGACCAGCCAUCAUCAUCGACAAGAACAGCACCAUCCUGGUGGAGCCGUGCUGCGAAGCCCACCUGACAGAAGCCGGAGACGUCUGCAUGGCCGUGGGCUCCGACCCUCACUGUGCCCUCGGCACGGAGCUCAACACCGUGCAGCUCUCCAUCUUUUCACACCGCUUCAUGAGCAUAGCCGAGCAGAUGGGCCGAGUUCUCCAGAGAACCUCCAUCUCCACCAACAUCAAGGAGCGUCUGGACUUCUCCUGCGCUGUGUUCGGGCCGGACGGGGGUCUGGUGUCCAACGCUCCUCACAUUCCUGUGCACCUGGGGGCCAUGCAGGAGACUGUCCAGUACCAGAUCAGAGCAUUGGGGAACAAGUUGAAAGAAGGAGACGUGAUCCUGAGUAACCAUCCGUGUGCAGGGGGGAGCCAUCUCCCAGAUCUGACGGUCAUCACACCAGUGUUCAAGAAGGGGGUGAGCUGUCCUGUGUUCUUUGUGGCCAGCAGAGGGCACCAUGCGGACAUUGGAGGCAUCACCCCGGGCUCCAUGCCUCCCCACUCCACCUCUCUCCAGCAGGAGGGCGCCGUCUUCACCUCCUUCAAGCUGGUCACUGGCGGCAUCUUCCAGGAAGAAGCCGUGACUGAAGCUCUGAUGGCUCCGGCCAAAUACCCAGACUGCUCCGGGACUCGUAAUCUGCACGACAACCUCUCGGACCUCCGGGCUCAGGUGGCAGCCAAUCAGAGAGGCAGCCAGCUGGUGGGGGAGCUGAUCGACAGCUACGGGCUGGCCGUGGUCCAGGCCUACAUGGGCUACAUCCAGAGCAACGCGGAGCUGGCGGUCAGAGACAUGCUGAGAGACUUUGCACGUCGCCGGCGGCAACAGACCGGCUCCUUGGAGGUGGAGUCUGAGGAUUUCAUGGAUGACGGCACUCCAAUCAGACUGCGCGUUCAAAUUAACGAAGAGGAGGGCAGCGCAGUGUUUGACUUCACGGGGACAGGCACAGAGGUGUGGGGCAACUGCAACGCCCCGCGAGCCAUCACCCUGUCUGCGCUCAUCUACUGCCUGCGCUGCAUGGUGGGACAGGACAUCCCUCUCAAUCAGGGUUGCCUCACGCCGAUCAAAGUCAUCAUCCCGCCUGGAUCCAUCCUCCAGCCGUCCCAGAAUGCAGCAGUGGUCGGAGGAAAUGUGCUCACGUCUCAGAGAGUUGUCGAUGUGAUCUUUAAGGCGUUUGAGGUCUGCUCCGCCUCGCAGGGCUGCAUGAACAACAUUUCCUUCGGCAGUGAGAGGGUGGGGUAUUAUGAGACGGUAGCUGGAGGAGCCGGCGCAGGACCGGGCUGGAACGGGCGGAGCGGAGUCCACAGUCACAUGACCAACACCCGCAUCACUGACCCCGAGAUCCUGGAGAAGAGAUACCCGGUGAUUUUAGAGCAGUUCUGCCUGAGGCCUGCUUCAGGAGGGGCGGGAAAAUACAGAGGUGGCGACGGAGUGAUUCGAAAACUUCUCUUCAGAAACAAGGUGGUUCUGUCUGUACUGACCGAGAGGAGAUCCUUCCGCCCGUACGGCCUUCUGGGGGGUGAGGACGGCGCAGCCGGCCUGAACCUGCUCCACAGAGCAGACGGGAGAGUCCUGAACCUGGGAGCCAAGACCAGCAUCAGCCUGCAGCCUGGAGACAUGUUCUGCCUCUACACCCCUGGAGGAGGAGGCUAUGGGAAAGAGGAAGACUCAAACAAGCCUCCAGAGACCAAGCGAAGGCGUCUGACUGAGACUUUCCCAGAGAGGGGCAGCGUGUUCGAGUACCGAAUGGCGCAAGAAGGAGUGUAAAAGGAAAUCGAAAGAGGGGUUCAACAUAAUCAAGUAAAAACUGUGAGAAAUGAUGAAGAUUAAAGCUAAAAGUGGGGGAAUAUUAGGACUAAUUCAUCUAUUUUUUAAACAAUUUUUACGAAUCCAUCAUGAGAUCAAAAUAUUUUUUAGUAUCUGUUUGCAAACAGAGGUAACAUAUAAAAGUAGUGAUAACAGGCUGCCCUUAUAAUAGAAGAUCUGAUAAAUUACUAAUAUAUUAGGUGAAAGAUGGAUCUGGCCACAUCAAGCUGGGUCAAAAAGAUUUCUGUGUUUAACACACUGCUCAGUUUUUGGGGACAAAUGUUUUCUAAUCCUCACAAAGUUUUGUAACUCCCCUUUCAGCCAAUGUUUAAAAGUCAGACAUUUGCAAUAUUGAUAUAUAUUUUAAUCGUGGAUGCAGUGAAAAGGACAUCAAAUCUGUAAAACUUUGUAAUGUGCAAGUUUAAAUGACUUGCUGUAUUGAUCCCUGUAAAAAAAAAAGAUCAUCCUAAUAGACCAAUUUUAUCCCAUAUGUCUUUUACGUGUCAUGAAAUAUUCAGUGAAUACUGAAAUUAAUAACCCCAGACAGAUUUUGCCAAUUUCAAUAAAAAUCGUCUUCAUGGUUU